AUGGAUGUUAUGGAUGAUGUGAAGUCUGUGCUUUGCUUGAAGGCGCUAGAAGCAAGCAAUGAAAGAGCAUCUGAUUGUAUCCAGAGGGCUGGAGCAUCGAUCAGGAAGAUUCCUCGCAUCCCCUCGAUAAUCAGAGUCAAGAAGAAGUAUAGCACAUUUAGAGUUCUAACGGAUACCAGCCACGACCUUUUGGUCUUGGUGAACGAGGGCUUUUCUGACGGAGAGUACGUGCCCAUCAAUGUGGAGCUUGAGCUGUGCUACGAGUACUUUACAUACAGCGAGGUUCUUAGGAGGAUAUUGCCGGAGGAGGUCCAGACGCCCUCGUCCUUUGAGAUUGUCGGGUCGAUAGUGCAUCUAAAUCUGGACGGGGAGCAGAUGAAGCAUAAGAACAUCAUCGGGCGGGUUGUGCACGACAAGACAGGCAAAACAGUGAUAACAAAGAUCGGCCAGAUCUCAAACGCAUACAGGUCAUUUGAUCUGGAGGUCAUAGGAGGAGACCCUGUGCUGGAAACUAUUCACAGGGAAGGGGAUAUUCUCUUUUGUAUAGACUACAGGAGUGUAUACUGGUGCUCCAAGCUCCAGAGCGAAAGAGCGAUUCUGGCGGGCAAGUUCAAGGCUGGGGAAGUUCUGUGUGACCCUUUUUGUGGAGUGGGGCCUGUUUCGCUGCCUGCACUGAAGAAAGGAUGCAGAGUCUACUCAAACGACUUGAACCUCCGUGCGAUUGAGUGCCUGGAAAAGUCCAUCAAGAUCAACAGGCUUGACCCGAGAAAUAUCGAGAUCUUCAAUCUCUCAGCAAACGAGUUCCUCGAAAAGAUGGCAGGCAGAAAGAUAGACCACUUUUUUCUGAACCUCCCCGAGCAUAGUCUAGACUACCUGAGGAGGAUUAGUGCCUGGGAAGGAAACCCCCUGGUCCAUUGUUACUUCUUCUGCAGAAGUAACGAAGACGUGGUGCAGUACAUCUUCUCAAGAACCGGGCUUCGAGUGGAUCCUGGAAUGCUGAAAGUGGUGAGAAAAGUAUCUCCAUCGAAGUACAUGUACAAGCUUGAGACCUCAAGUCUGUUCCUUAGAAGAGGCCUUGGAUGA